CGCGGCCCAUUAAUGGUGCUUCACGUGACCUGCCACGCCCCCACCUCCGGCCCCCCCUACCCUACUGUGCACGGUGGCUACACCACUACUACUACUAGGCAGCCGAGCUCCUCGCCUCGCUCUCGCUCUCGCUCCUCCACCUUCCCUCCCUUGGGUCCGUCCGUUUGCCGUGCGCCAUUGCCCAUUGCCCAUUGCGCCCUGCGCCCCCUCCCUUGGCCAAGUUGCCAUUUGCCUUCCCUUUCCCUCCGCAUCGGCCCAUCCCAGUAUCCUACCCUCCCCCUCCCACUCACGGCAGCUGCCAUUGUCGCCCUGUCUGCCCCCCUCCACGCUCUCCCUAUCCACCACAGCACAGCACAGCACAGCGCCACGCACGAUCUCGCCGGUGCCACCGUGCUCCCCCACCUUCAAAUGUCGGGCCUCCUUCCACCGGCGCCCCGCGGCACGGAGCACUGAGCGCAGUCCGGUCCGGCGCUGCCCCACUGCGACAAGGAGGACGGGCAAGCGCCGCCAGCCGCGCGGGGCCUCCGCUCUGCUCACCCUCGCCGCGGGGGAGACACACGGGGUAGGUGCGGAGAGGACGCUAGAUCCGCGCGCCCGACCGUCCCCGCCGCCUCCCACCGGCCACCGCACCGCCGCCGCCGGCGGUUCCCUCGUCGUCGCGCGCCAGCGCAGCUGCUGCAGUGCAGGUCCGGCACCCCAUCCUAUGCUUUUCUAUCUGCUUGGUGGACGGAGGUGGGUCUUGCCGUUUUUGGGUUGGGUUGGGUUGGCCGGUUGGGUGAGCUGCUCACCCGGCUUCGGGUGGUGCUGGUGGUGACCGUUCGCCGUCGCUGUCUCUCCCAAAAGCGGCGCCCUUUUCAGCCGCACGGAGCUCCUCCAGCCCAGUCCUCCUUUUUUUUUUAUUAAUCACCUCUCUAAUCCGAUCUAAUCGCAGUCACCUGCUCGCCUCCCACUCUAUCCUGAAGACCUGAACUAGUAAUUAAUGCCCGGGAUUGUUUGUUCUCUCCUAACCUCCGCCUUGCCGCAUCCAUGGGGACCAGCGCCACCGCCACCUUUCCCUCCGCCACGCCCAUUGGCUUCGCUGCCGCUGCCGUUGCCAUUGCUGCGCCCCGCCCCCGUCCUCCUCCUCCUCGGCGGUGGUAUAACGACGGCUGCGUCCUCCCCCCGAUUCGGCUGUUGCCGUUCCGUUCCGCCGACCAGGGAACAUGCUCUGCGCCUCUGCUCUAGUCCGCGCCGCCCGUCCCAAUCACGCCAUUCCCGCCGCCCGCUCACUCGCCCCCUGCAUGCAAUGUAAUUUAUUAUUCGCUCCACCGCUGCGCCUCGUCUGAUGAGGACGAGAUUCGGUCGGAUCUUUUUCUGCGUCCGUCACCGUCCGUUCGGGCGGGCUACAAAAGAAAAGGGAAGGCCGGCGCCCUUUCCUCCGCCCGCCCGCCUCUCGCGGCGUGGUUGCGAAAGCUUCCGUAAGUUCCUGCCAAAGGGAGGAGAUUGCUGCUGCGUCGAGGAGCCAUUUUCCUUGCAGCCUGCAUAGCGGAAGAGAAAAGGCAGGCACUGGCAGAGAGAAACCCUAAGCUAGUUCGCCACUUCUGGCCUCCCCCCCCCCCCCCCCCCCCCCCCCCCCCCGGGGUGCCGGCGGCCGAAAUGUGAUGAUGAGUUCUUGUGGCGUCCGCCCAUCAUCAUAGUUCCCUGUCGUCCUUGGCCCAUUUGUUCCUGUCCUCGGGGGAGCGAGGCGUCGGGGCUCGCGCGCUUCACGUGUUGAUUCCUCGCUCCCGCACACUGCCUCCUCGUCGGAUUUCGUGGUGCGGAUGCCGCUUUUUGGACGCAGCUGAUCAGUUGUUGCUUUUUGUUCCGUUCUAGCGCUCCUGCCUUGUCCCGGAAGGGACGGUGUGAAUGAAAGGCGCUCAGGAUAAAAGGCACAGAAAGAAGCAGGACCUCCAGGUUCUCGGGCCCUUCCCGGGAUGCCUGGGGAGGAUGAUCAACAUGUUAGACCUCAGCAAUGGCGUGGUUGCUACCAAGAUGCUCACUGAGAAGGCGCAUAGAGAUGUUUCUCCGGCCGGAAAAGACCGGAGUAAUACUUUCAAGAUGGCAAUUAAUCCCCCAGCUCAGACUGAAGAUAAACAAAGGGAUAGUCAGACAAGAAGGAAUUUCCCUACUAAAAGGUCAAACUCGCCUACUAAAAGGACUGGUGCGAUGCCUGUUAAAAUGCUGAUGGAGCAGGACAUGUGGAAAGAAAGACGGCCUGAUGAGGAGCCACUGAAUGUUGUUGCAAGAUUAAUGGGCCUACAUGAGCCUCCAGGUCAGCAAUCCAAUUUCCCUUUAGGAAGACAAUUGGAUAAGAAAUAUCAGUGUGGUGGUUUUGAAGAGAACUACUGGAAUCUCAAGUCAAAGAAGGAAAGCAAAUGCCACCAAAACCAAAAGGCAGGGCCACGCCAUCAGCACACUUGGAAUGGUUCUGGUGACCAACCAUCAAGAAUCAGUAGCAGCCAGAGCAUGCACCAAGAAAAUGAGACUUGUGAGAAGAGGAUGUCAAUUGUUCGCGAGAAGUUUGCUGAAGCAAAGCGACUAGCCACAGAUGAGAAACUUCUUCAUUCGAAGGAGUUCCAAGAUGCACUGCAGUUUUUAAGCUCAAAUAGAGACCUAUUCUUGGAGUUCCUUGACGAGCCAAAUCCUCUAUUAUCAAGCAACCGUUAUGAGUUCCAACCUGUUGCACCACCUUCUGAAGUAAAGCAAAUAACCAUACUGAAGCCAUCAGAACCAGCAAAGAGAAAAGACAGCAUCUUUGUGGGGAGACAACUGUUUUCAGAUGGAGAUGGAGGUGAAAGUGAACGAAACAGAUACAGGCGCCAUCAGAGUUCGGAUGUUUCCCCAGCAAAUUCAAAUUUGUCUGAGCCAACAAAAAUUGUAGUACUAAAACCAGGAUUCCCCAGUUCUCAUGACUCCAGGAUUGCGAGGUCUUCAUUAUCAUCAGCAGAAGACAGUGAAGAUGAAAGUAUGAUGGCGGUUGAUGAAACCAUGUGCUCAAGAAGGUUGGCAAAGGAGAUCACUUGGCAGAUGAGGAUGCGGCUAAAAGACAGGCAAGACGAAGAGAGUAUGCUCUCAUGUGAAUACCCUGACUUUUAUAUCGGAGAUGACUCCUUCAGUAAAUCAGAAGUUGAGAUUCCAAAAGAGAUGUGUGGUGAAACAAGUGGGGAAUUGGAGUUUGGCACUCCGACUUCUGGCCGCUCUUGGGAUUUUCUGAGUAGAAGUGGAAGUCCUUUCUCUGCGUCAUGCUCUAGUCAGGCAUCCCAUAGAAGGGAGCCGUCAGUAGUUAGGGAAGGCAAGAAGAAGAUUUUAGAGAGAUUGUCUAUGGUAUCAUCAACAGUCAAUAUUGAGGAAGAAAUGGAAGGUCGCAGAAGUACAGGCACACUUGGUGACAUGCUCACAAUAUCGAAAGUCAAGGACCAGGAAGAAAUUGGGGCUGAAACACUGGGGAGCCCAGCACCUGAGCUGGAACCUGAGGAGCCUUUCUCAUGUUUGCCAAGAUCUCGAUCCCUUCCACUUUCUUUGUCCUAUGGAGUCGCUGAGUCAAAUGGAAUAACCUCUGGCACUCAUGAAGCUGAAAAGGAAAGAAUCAGGAAGUCGUCAUCGUUUAGGGAAAAAGUUUCUAGCCUGUUCUCUAAAAAUAAGAAAUCAACCAGGGAGAAGGUAGAUCCAUCUGUGAGCAAUAGACUCAAACAUGGAGGGGCUGUGACUACUGGUGAUGUGAAGGAAAUCUGCAACCAUCUUGCCCUAGACAAUCUUCAGAAACAACAUACUUGUCUAAACACAGAUGAGAAGAACACUGUGCAAGGACUCGUGACUAGUUCUUGUGAGACCAAUAGUGCAGCUGAUAUCCCUGCCAAGGAUAUUUCCUCCAUUUCAAGUCUUGGUGUCCCAGGAAUCUUUGGUGGCCUUCAGGAUGAACCUAGUCCUGUAUCUGUACUAGAUGGACCGUUUAUAUGUGAUAACAAUAGGAGGCUACUGUACUCAUCUGAAAAUUUCAUCACUUCAUCCCCACAAGCUUUGUCAAGGUCUCCCCUGAUCGGAUCAUUUUCACGGUCACUGUCAUGGGAGGAUCCCCCGCUGGAAGUCAUGUCGCCGAAUUCGUUGAGACUCUCAAGGCUUUUCUCGAAGGCUGAUGAAGAUCUAGAUUCACUGACGUUUAUCCAGAAGCUGGUCCACUCUCGAGGCACGGGUCGAGAAAGUUGCAUAUUAGCUGACCCUUUGGACCCGAGUUUGCUCGAGAAGAUUUCGGAUUACGAAGAAGAUGGAAUUAAGUUUGGGAAAAGGCGGCCCAAACAGAGGCUCCUUUUCGACGCCGUAAACGAAGCGCUCAUCGAGCUUGCUUCGAUGGCGGAACUGGCUGCGUACCCCUGGGGUAGAUCAUGCUCUUCGGAGCACGGGGAUUGCAAGAACGGUUCCAGCAGUAAUUCUGCGGCUGAGGAAAUCUGGCGGGUCAUUAGGAACUGGUCGAUACUUGAGAAGUACCCUCCCGGUGAAGCUAUUGAAAGAAAUCUCUUGCUGGAGAUGAUACUAAAGAGGGAGGUGGCGGAGGCAGCCAGCGCUGACACGACUCGGUUAGAGACGUUUGAUCUCAACACCACGGUCUGCGCCAUGGUCUUGGAUGGCCUGGUUGAAGAGACAGUUGUAGAUCUGACUAACUACUGCUAGUGAGUUCUCAGAAGAAGGAAAAGAAGGGUACAGAUGUAAACGAGGAGUGCUGAGAAAGAUGCAUGCGUGCUCUUCUUCAUCCUUGGUCCGCCUGCCUUUGCUUUGCAGUGUCUCUUGCUGCUGCCGUUUGCUGGGUGUUUUGUAGUGCAGUGCUUGGCCAUUGCCAUGGAAGUAUGGAAGCCCGUCUUAAAGACUGAAGGCUAGAAGCAGUAUAAGUCGGUAUGGAUUAAAACCAAGUGAACGUUCGAGCAGCCGCCAAUUUGCUGUAGGUCUUCUGCGGAAUGAUCUGACGAAUGGAUGAAUGAUUGCCAUGAACCGCUUGCACGUUUUGCUCUUGGUAGUGGUACUGCUACCCUGUCCUGUAGUUGGCUGUGUGUUGUUGGUUCUUCUCGUUCAGAUCCCUGUACAGUGACUGGCUGACAGUUUUGAAUUGGGGCUGCCAUGCCACUGCCACCUUCUACGGCGGAUGCGUGCUUUCUCACCGAUCCUUGAAGCAUGAAUGCGUACAUUAACUAAUUUGAUCUGGUGAUUGCUUGUU